CCCCAUUCGCCUCUUUGCUUUCUGCUUGUGUUUCUUCCUGCUACUUAGCUCUCAUCCAUCUCAGAUAACAACAAUGGUGGCGUCUUCGCUAUGCCUUUCGAAUGCUCCUGUUUGCCCUCACUCUCUUCCUAGAAUUUCAUCGCAGCCACUCCUCUCUUUCUCCCAUUCCCUCAGGCCUUUCAUUUCCAAGUCCAGACCUUUGGCCUCGCAGAAGAAGAGAGAGAACUCUUGCAUACUCGUGGUGAAAUCACAGGCUCUUGAUUUCUCAGGCACUUUCUUUGAAGGUGGAUUCGGGUCAGACGACGACCCUACUUCUCCUUCCGUCUCAACUGCACUUGAGGACAAACCCGAACCUCAAUGCCCACCUGGGCUUAGACAGUACGAAACUAUGGCUGUCUUGAGACCCGACAUGUCUGAAGAUGAGCGCCUUGGUCUCACCCAGAAGUACGAAGAGUUGCUUGUGGCUGGGGGUGGAAUGUAUGUGGAAGUGUUCAACAGAGGAGUGAUUCCAUUGGCUUACAGCAUCCGAAAGAAGAACAAAGCCGGAGAGACCAACACUUACUUGGAUGGAAUCUACCUCCUCUUCACUUACUUCACCAAACCCGAAUCCAUCACUCCCCUUGAGUCCGUUCUCACUGCCGAUGACGACGUUAUCCGGUCUUCUUCCUUCAAAAUCAAGAAGAGGAAGUACAACUAAAAGAGACCAUCAGAAUUGUUGUAUGUGUAUGUGAGAAAAGUUCAGUUUCUUUUUUUAAUUCUGUGUUUCAUUCGGACAAAAGCAUAUCUAUCAUCCUUAAUUGGUUCGGUGUUUGUGUAUCUUUUCUUUGUGAAAUGCUCUGUGUACUUGUGUUACAGAGUGUGAGAAAUUCUGAUGCAAACUUUGAGAAACAUGCAUAAUAUAUGCUUUUGCAAAAACAAAUGUUAAACUCUAUACCACUAUAACUU